AAGAGUUUAUAUUUUGAUAAAUAACAUAAAUUCUUGAUGCCUUCCUAUCCUCUCAAAUAUGUUGAGUAAGCUGGUUGGACUCGGGCUUCUAGCCCUCGUGGCUACACAGGACACCCACUACUGCCCUGAUGGGUUUGAAGUUAGUGAAGUUGAAGGUAAUGUUGAGUGUAUUCUACUUGGGGGACUUCAAGAACGAGUAACUAAGCACGAUGCCGAAAUUCUUUGUGGUGCGCAUGACGGUAACCUUGUCACUAUGGACGAAGGACAUGGAGGACAAAAGAAUGAAAAGAUCAAGAAAAUGAUUGCUGAUAAGGCAGGACAGGGAAGUAUCGGAAUUCCAGGACUCCAGUAUGACGAGCAGUGGUGGAUCGGAGCAACUGUACGAGGACAUCAUAACGAGAACAAUUGGGGAAACUGGGUCUGGGACGAGCAUAACACCAGCGUCACAUGGUUUGAUUGGAUGAAAGAUGAACCUAAUGAUUGGCAGGGACAAAAUUGUCUUACUUUUGUAAAAGAUCAG